UUUGGUCUCCCAGGGCCUCCUCAGCCAGCACACGAUGCCUCAGGGCUUCCCCUCUCCUGUGUAGCUGCUCCGUUCCUCCUGAGGACCUAACAAACGCCUCCUCGGAAAGGAGAGGCACCAGCCACAAAGGAGCACGUUACCUUGCUCUUCCUUUCUGAGGCAACAUCCUGAAGCACUAUCUCAGAGCAUCAUUGUAAGGACACUCCAGGGGAGAAAAUGGCCAAAUCCUUCCCAAUCCUCCGCUCCCUGACCUUCUUUAACCUGAUACUUCCAAUGCUACCUUCUGUUUCAGCCCCUAAACAUUUGUGGCCAAAGGAUGAAAAUAUAAAGCUGAACUGUCCAUACAGUAAAGUAGACUUGAGUUGGCUCAAUGACACAGUGAACCCCUGCCCUGGUCUGUAUCAACCCAUCUGUGGCAACAAUUUGGUAACCUACGAUAACCCCUGCAUCUUGUGCAUUGAGAGCCUGAAAACUCAGGGGAAGAUUAUGUUCCUACGUGAUGGCGUAUGCUAGCUGAGUGGACUUGGGUGCGAGAGAACCACCCUCUUUUUCUUUCCAAUCAGACAAUCCUAUCUGGCACCUCACCCCUUCUUUGGGGUGUCCUGAGUGACAGAGCCUGUGUCAGAGAGCCAGAGUCCUUCUUGAGACCUCUCCCCUCAUCAGUUUGCUGCCUUCCAUACUCCCGAAUAAACUUUUCUGAACGUCUCA